GCAGAUCUCUCUGGCUCCUCCCACUUUACCAGGAAAGAGAAAACCGCUAUGUAGCCAAACUGCUUAGGGGAAAACGAGCAUUAUUGUAGCGAUUGUAGUAUUUUAUAAUAAUUAAAAGCGUCGGGCGGUAUAGUAUAAACUCGUUUUGAAGAUGAAAGUGAGAUAACUACUGUGUAUUUGUUGUUAAGAGCAGAAAUGGAGAAGCAGUCGCGCCUGUUGUGUUCUGAGCUGUGUGUUCAGAGCAGACUGUAUGAGGUCACAUUAAACUGCGCGAUUCUCGCGUGGAAAGACAUACAAAUCGCCAAAAAACACACCGGACGGGCCAUAUAUGGAGCUGUCAAAGCGGGUAGUUAUUGUGUCCCGGUGUGUGAGAUUAUAGCCGUUCAGGAAAAAGAAGAUGACUCUCCGUGUAAAAACACUGGGAAAUGGCAGAAGGUUCCUCAGAGCCCAGCGGACUCCUGCCAGCACGCUUUCACAGUUUUCUAUGUAGAGAGGACAAGGCAGCACUGCUGGUGGUGCAACAACGUGACUUUCCACUGCUCUGAACAUUCCCUGUGUCUGCUCUGGGUCCAAACUAUUAGGGAACAACUUGCAUUGAUGACCAAUCGACCGAAGAGUUUGCUAGUGUACAUCAACCCCUACGGAGGAAAACAACGUGGGAAGCAGAUUUACGACCAUAAAGUGGCCCCCAUCUUUUCCCGGGCUUCCAUUUCCACCGACGUGAUUGUUACAGAGCGUGCAAAUCAUGCCAGGGACCACUUGAAGACAGAGGCUGAUCUGAAGAAGUAUGAUGGUGUGGUGUGUGUCGGAGGUGAUGGCAUGUUCAGCGAGAUUAUGCAUGGCCUCGUCUCCCGUAUGCAGCAAGAAGCAGGUGUGGAUGAGAACUCUAUUGAGGAGACCCUUAUGCCGUGUGGACUUCGCAUCGGCAUCAUUCCUGCAGGUUCGACUGACUGUGUAUGCUUCGCCACAGUUGGCUCAAAUGACCCUGUCACUUCAGCACUGCACAUCGUUGUGGGUGAUUCUCAGCCAAUGGACAUCUGCUCGGUGCACAAUGAAGACCGCUUCCUGCGCUACUCUGUGUCACUACUGGGUUACGGGUUCUACGGAGAUGUGCUGACAGACAGCGAGAGAAAGCGCUGGAUGGGCCCGGCCCGUUACGAUAUCUCAGGUGUUAAAACUUUUCUGUCACAUCGCUACUAUGAGGGAACUGUGUCCUUCUUGCCUGCUGAAGGGAACUUGGGAACUCCCAGAGACAAAAUGCAGUGCCGAACUGGGUGUAGUGUCUGUCGGCAAUCCUCUUCUGACAAACUGGUCGGCAAAAAUGAAGACAGCGUUUCUGAUGCUGAGUGUCAGGAUACGUGGACGGUCAUCAGGGGAAAGUUCUUGGCCAUCAAUGCUGCCAGCAUGAGUUGUGCUUGUCCUCGCAGUCCUAAAGGGCUUUCGCCGUCAGCGCACUUAGCAGAUGGAACUACUGACCUCAUCCUCGUCAGGAAGUGCUCCCGACUCGACUUCCUGCGCCACCUGCUGCGCCACACCAAUAAGGAUGACCAGUUCGAUCACUCUUUUGUGGAGGUGUACCGGGUCAAGCAGUUCCGGUUCACCCCCAGAUAUCAGGAGUGUGAUUCUGAAGUGGACCUGAGAGACAGCGGAGCGACAGGCAAGCGAUUCCUCAGUCAGAUCUGCAGGGAGCACAGAGCCUGUGGCUGCAUGCCUUCCCAGAGCAACUGGAACUGUGAUGGAGAGAUCCUCCCACACACUGCCAUCCAAGUCCGGGUCCACUGCCAGCUGAUCAAGCUGUUUGCGAGAGGCAUCGAAGAGCAGCAGGUGUUUGAGGACCCGUACACUCACUGUGCAAUAUAGAUCCCCACUUCACUUAAAAACCUCCAGCUGGAUCAUUAAAGACUGAGAUUCUUUGAAUGGAAGAGUCGCCUUCAGCUCAGCACAAUGUCAUACUGUUUCUUAUGCUGUUUUACCCAGAUAAUCAUCAUGAAGAGGCAUGGAGUCAACAGCAUUUUCACAGCAUUUACAGUAUAUAGGCUGUAUUAGAUUUGUGUUAGAUAGGAUCAGCUGUUUCAGCUAGGCAUUAGCAUUGCCCAUUUUUCAUUUCAACCUUUGGAGUCCUCGAAGUAGCUGGUGAUAUCUCUUGCUGCAUGCGACAGCUUCCAGUUGUCAACAUUUGUCUUCCACCACGAUCAAGCUGGUCUUGAGAGUAGUAGCGCUAAUAAAAUCCCAAAGUCAGAUUCCUGGAACUGUCAAAACUCUAUGUUUUCUCGACAUUUAAUGCAUGGAAAUGUAGCAUUAGAGAGCUAGACACUGACAGCUACGCGGUGUCACUGCAGGGUCAGUGUAUAUACGGCUGUUCAGCUGACGGAAUGUAAAUGUAAAUACUGUAGCACUCUUCUCUGCGUUGUCUUCCUUGGUUGCAACUCCUGAGAAUAUUUACUCCCUUUAUAAUGAAUUUUGUGUUUGUGUUUCC